AUGAGUUUGAAACGCGCAAACAUUUUGAAUGAAUACAAGAAAAAUCCUGAUUUGAAGAAGGAAGAUGUUGAAAGUAUAUUGGGAUGGUUGAAAAUGCAACCACAUUUGCCUUCCAUUGAUGAGUUACAGGUUAUAUUGUUCUUGAAUGCGUGCUAUUAUAGCAACGAAGCAACUAAACGGUGCAUCGAUAACUUCUAUACAAUUCGAACACAUUGUCCAGAGUUCUUUGCAAACAGAAAUCCAAAGAGUAAACAAUUGAAAGAAGGAUUGGAUAUAUCCUUGCAUUGUCCUUUACCGAAGUUAUCACCAGAAGGUUACACCAUUUUCUAUAACAGUUUCAUCAACAACAAUCCAGAUUUUUUCGUUUUCAACACCACCUUAAAACUUUUUGAUAUGGUUGCAUCACUUCAUCUGCAAGAAUAUGGCACAUCGAACGGUCACAUAAUCAUCGUCGAUCUUGAAGGAUGUACUUUAACACAUGUCAUGAAACUUGGUCUCCUCUCCAUGAAGAAGUAUUUAAUUUAUCUUCAGGAUGCAAUACCUUUUCGCCUGAAAGGCUUCCAUUUCGUGAACGCUGUUCCAUUUAUGGAUAAAAUUAUGGCUAUUAUGAAGCCGUUCAUGAAAAAGGAAUUGAUGGAUAUGCUUCAAAUACACACCUCACCGAACACCAAUCUAUUCAAUUCGAUACCAAAGGAAUGUUUACCCCAAGAAAGUGGAGGAAGCUGCGGACCAAUAAAAAAUAUAUUUGAUGAUUACAGGAAGAAUAUUAAUGAAAACGUCAAGUUUUUCGUUGAAGAAGAAACUUUGGUAGUUGAUGAAUCUCGUAGACCUGGAAAACCAAAAAACGCUGGAGACUUGUUUGGCGUUGAAGGAACUUUUAAGAAAUUGGAUAUUGAUUGAAUAUUAUUAUUAAUUAAAUUUCAAAUUCAAUAAAAAAUGAUUUCUUACUUUAUGAGAAAUCAUGUAUGAUACAACUAACAU